UGCUCGUACGGACUACAGGGCGAUCGCCGCACCUGUUCCCGACCUGCCGGAGUGUCGACUGUAUUGGUGAAUGUGAUUUCCGAUCUUUUAUCGCAUUCGCGUGCUCCGUUUUCUCGUAAUAUUAUUGUUGUUGUCGGUCGUUUACAUCGUACGUUACAAACAAUAAUAACAUUCAAUUAUCGCGUCGCCGCGUUUCCGUUGGGUUUUCGUUCGAAAUUGACCGUGCGCUUGCCGCAAUGCUUUUAUGAUAAUUUUUUCGUUAUUGUUUUCGCUUGCGCGGUCCGCGUACGGGACGACGCGUGUAAACGGUUCUCGAUCGACAAUGGGCUCGUAGCCGAGACGACCGUCCGUAGCCGUGAUGCGGAAUCCGAGUGUAAACCGUAACAGCAAUCGUCCAUAGCCCCCGCACGUUUAAAGCAGCUAUGUCAUGGAAUUUUGUAAAUACCUAUUGCUCACGGUUUUCCUGUUUCAAAUGGUAAUUAUUUCCGAUUCAAUGGUUUAUUUGAUUAUUAUGUAACCACUAAUGCAGCCGUAUGAAUACGAUGGCGAACGGUCCGUUUCAAUAACUAACCUAAUGUUGACGGUGUUUCGACGUUCCGAUGACGUUACGAUCCAUUUAAUAUUUACAACGGUUUGUCAUUAGUUGUACUUGUGCCGAUUGAAAACUGUGUUGACUGGGUAGGCUGUACUCGGGUGUAUUAUAAUAAUACCUAAAAACGGGUUGGUACCGUAAUGUGGGUACGCGGUUCGUGUUGGACGUAUCGGUACCUAAAGAGUGAAAUUUGAAACAGAAUCAAGUUAUGGUGUACUAAACUUCAAUGUAACCAAUUUGCAAGUAGAUAGGCACCUCGAAUAUAUUUUCUUUUGCUAUUUAACAGGCCUUAUAGUAAAAUUAUAAAGACUUUUAAUAGUAAUUUUAUUUUUAUUUUAAUCGUCAUAUGCCAAUCUACAAAAGUCGUCCUGUGGGUCUGUUUCACACAAUCAACGGUCCGUUACUUUAACAAUAACAGAACAGAUAAAUACUAAAAACAGACUAUUAUUAUUUUUCACGCAAUCCGUUUGUUGGUAAUUCACAUUGUUCCAACUCGUCACUUUCAUUUAUAAUGCUGUAUACAAAAUGCAUGUUAUAUUUUUAGAUUCUGAGGAAAAUGAGGAAAUUUUUUUUUUUUAAAUUAAAUUUAUUACCUAUCAUGAUAAAAUAUCAUAUUGAACAAUUUAUUAUUUUACCAAAGACACAGUUGGAAUUUUAAAAUUAACAGUUUCAAAAAUUGGGCCAUCCAAUUUCACUAAACCGUAUUAAUUUCUGUGUUUAUACAACUUCAUAUUAGUUAUAGUUGGAUCCAAAAAAUGUAUACAUUUAUGUCACAAGUCAUGACAAUGACAAGAGGUUGCAAGAAAAACGAUCUGUUAACAAAACAAUGUCAUAAACCACAUGAGGUAAUCUGUUGAAUCCCUGUUAACAAACUGGUUAAAUUUUUUUGUCAGUUGGUUAAAACGGGUAGUAUGAAAUACUUGAUAAACAACAAUGUUUCUCAACCUCAUUAUUUUCUAACUUUGAACUUAUUUAUUUACAUUUACACCAAAAUGAGACCUAAGAGGCCAUAUUCACACAAUCUAAAUAAGUCUUUGUCUAUUUUUAUAAAAUAAAUUAAGACUUGGAUUUAACUCUAAAUUAAAACUAUGCAUGGCAGAUUUUAUCCAUAUUGUCAAUAUAUUUUCUAUUUAGAUAAUAUAUAAUUGAUAGUCAUAACAUUUUUUUGAUUACCUAUAAAUAUUAUAUGAUAUAAUAGAUCAUAUCAUAUAAUAUAUGUAUAAUUAAUUUCAAUUAAUAAGGAAACUCAUAUUAUAUCUGUUAGGAUUCAAAAAGAUCUAAUAUAUAUAUAUUUUUUUUUUAUUGCAGGUGUCAGUUGGAGCAAGACAAGUAUUUGACUUCCUUGGUUUCAUGUGGGGAUCAGUUUUAGCAAAUUUUUUUGAAUUAUUGUUUAUUAUAUUUGGUAUAUUUGGUGUGAUACAGUCAGACGUAUUAUAUUUGCUAUCGGUAUGCAUUUUUAAUAAUUAUUUAAUUAAUUCAUCUGUAGAUUCCAAUUUUAAAUUAAUAUACUUUCUUAAAAACUAAAAAUGUUUGUAUUAAUAUAUUAUAGUAUUCAGCAUGGAGUAUUGUUUGGUGUAUUUGGAAUAUAUUUGUAGUUUUUUAUUAUUUGGAAUUAUCAAUUUUUAGUAAUGUAAGUAUGAGUAUGUUGAAAUUAUAGUUUAUUGAUAAUAAUUUAUAUUUUUGCUUUGAUGUAGUUACUACAAUGAUAGUACAAACUUUUUUUUAUAAGGCAAGACAUACUUGUUUUUUUUUUUAAACCAGUGGUCUUUAAUUUUUCAUCUACAGUUAAUGUACUAUGAAUUCAGGACUAGGAAUUUAAUGCCCUAUAAAAAAAAAAAAAUGCUUUUACGACAUAAAAAUUCAAAUAGUGCACUAAAAUACAUAUUUGAUAUAAAUUAUAAUAUUAUAAAUUCAUUUUACUACAAUGAACCGAACGAUAUAGUCAAUAUUAUAUUUUAUAACAGAUUAUAAACUAAAAAUACUACAUGGAUUUUGCCUUAGAAGUUAACUGUUUAACUCUCACUAUUUAGUUUUUAACAGUAUUAUUGUCUGAUAAUAUAUAUUGUAUUAUAAAAUUUGUGUGCCUACUUAAUAGUUUGUUAUAAUUUUAUGAAAAUCAUAUUAGAGUGUACAAAUCUUAAAAUAAAAUUUUAAAUUCAAAUUUUGGGUACAAAAAUUCCAAAAAUGCAUUCUGAAACUGUAAAAUGAUCUAAAAGAUUAAAAAAUUCACCAACACUAAACUUUCUUAUUAUAAUUCAAAAGUGACAAUAUAAGCAUGGCACAACAAGCUUUAGAAAAAAAUGCAAAGUGCAUCAAAAUCCCAGCCCUAAUUAUGAUUAUUAUAUAAUCACUUUUCUAUGGAUUCUAAGCAGAGGAAGAUAUAACUAUUGUUGGAUUAUUUUUAAAGUAAAAAUCUUUAUUUUAAAUGUAGAACCUAGAGAAUUUACUGCUCAGUUUUUUUAGAUUUUUAAUUUAUGAUUAAAAUUAAAUUUCUAUAAUAGCUGUAAGAUAAUUACCCCAUAUAAUUUUGCGUUACUAUUGGAUAAAUAAACUUCAAUUAAUUUUUUUAAGUCUAUAUUUUUGAUAUUUAUUAGAGCAUUGAUGUUAUGAGCCUUGGAGCAGACAGUGUUAGUUGGUGGGAAUCUAAUGGUCCUGGUUGUAAAGUAUUUUUUUAUCCAAAUCACACUGGUAUUGAAGAAGAUGCCAUCAAGCCUGUUAGACCAGAUUUGAUCACUGGGUGUGUUGUGGACUAUCAAAAAAUUGAAACAGCUCAAGCAUCACUACAAAUUCUAUUAGCCGUAAAAUAACAUUAUUUAUAUAAUAUUUUUAAAUUAUAUUUUAUUUACUCAUGAAAAUAAUAAUUAAUCUUUUCAUAUUUGUUUAGAUUUUUGGUAUUUUGUGCAGUUUGUAUGUAUCAUGUUGUUCAAAAUCCAGGGACGAUGGUAUGUUUUAUAAAACAAGAAUAGUAAUUAAAUAUAAUAAAAUUAAAAAAACCUCUCUCACCCAGUACAUAGCACAUAUGUGACAUAAGCACAAGUUGGUGGUGGCUCUGGCGACAUUUGUAUAAGGGGCAGCAUUUUUAGGAAAAAAUGUAGGCAACAUUGAAUCUUGCUUGUUAAUAGACUUACUAUUCAUUAACCAUGGAUUUGUGCUCCCAUAAUAUAAAAUAGUUUUAUUAAAUAAUUAUUUUCAAUUUAAGCAAUAAUAAAAACUAUUUUGAAUGAACCUGAGUUUUUUAAUUUAAGAGCUUGCUUGCGUUUUAAACAUUUUUUUCUAGUGAUUGUUUAACAUUAACCUGAGAAGUCCAUUGAAUGAUCUCUUUAACAUGUUUAUUUUUUUAUGUAUAAAUUUAUAGCACAAAAGAAUGUUGAUUAUUUAUUGCUUUCUAAAAUUGUACACAUUUUAAACCUACUUAUUCUGCAUGAAAUUUAAAUUUAAUUUAUUUUUUAAUAUUUCAAAUUACUAAUAGUAAUGUUUUUUUUUAUCUACAUAAAAUAUAUAUCUACCUGUUUAAAAUCAUUUAACUGAAAAUUAUGGUUUGUUAUUUAUUUUUAGGAAUUUAUUAUAAAAGCAAACAACCAAAAACUGUUACACCUAUAUACUCCAUCGAAUACAGUUCACGCCGAGGAGAUGAAAUUGAAGAAAUAAGCACUGUUAGUGGCAGUGAAGGUAUUAUAUUAUUUUUUGUUGUAAUACCAAUAUAAAAUAUUAUAUACAUAUUUUUUUUUUUUGAUCAGAUGGUGAUUUAGAUGCACAAAGUUCUCAUGGUAAACCUAUGACUCCAAGACGUGUAAAAAGACGAAGUGUAACAUCAAGAGGUACCCUGCCACCUCCACAUCAAGCUCCACCGCCAUAUCUUAGACGGCAAUCCACUUCACAAAAUUCUAGUCGAAGACAUAAAAAUCCAGUUUCUAGAUUAAUUCACCAACAGUAUUCUAGUAAGUUUUAAUAAAUUAACUCCUUCUUUUAUGUAGAAUACCAUUGUACAUUGUGAUCUAAAUUAAUAUUUAAAAAAACCUAUUAUAUUACAGAGUAAAAAAAUGUUUGGUUAAAUAUUAUUCAUUAAAAGUAUACAAGAGACUUUAAAAUAAUAUCUUCUAAAACUAUUAUUGUAUAACUAUAUAACCAAUAAAAUACUUUCUCUAUUACUAUAGUAAAAUAUUUUUUUAAGAGAAUUAUUUUGUUUUGAGUUUUUUUUUCCUAUUAUACCAGAUUCAUCAUUGCAGCUAAAUACAUUAUAAAUAAUUCCUACUAUUUUUAAUACAAUUUACUUUAGAUAACGGUUUGAACGAUUCAUCAACAUCUAAUGAUUCAAGCCAUCCUUUAUUCCCGGAAUGUCGAGUAGAACUGAGACAUGUAAAUCGAGGAAUUGUUAAUCCUGCUAUGGAUACUGAAUCUGAACGUCCUACUUCAGCACGUUCAACAUAUUCAAAUUUCCAUGGAGCACGGGGUCGACCCAGACAAGUAAGCACUCAUUCCACUUUUUUUGCUCCGUCUGAACAACCACCUCCUGCCUACCGUAGUAAUGCUUCCGUUAAUUCUGAAACUGUUAUAUAAUUAAGAACAAAAUGUAAAACUUGCGGUUCAAAGAAGAUGAAAUCUUAAGAUCUCAUUUUAAUUUAAAAUAGUUUAAUUAAUUAGUACUAAUUUUUACAUGCACUGCAAAAUAUAGUGUUUUUAUGUUAAUUAUAAUUGUAUAACCAGUGGCGUGCGGUCAUAUUUUUCAUUGGUUAAACAUAUAAAUUAAAAAUAUUAAUUUGAUAUAGAAUAUUGAUUUUAAAUUAGUUUAUACAUAUAUUUAUUGUGUUUUUCACUAUUUAAUUCUUAAUUUACUUUUGAAUUAUAAAUAUCUUCGCAAAUUUUGUUUUAUACAACAAUAACAAAGAACAAAGGUUAGUAUUAAUGUCAAAAGAGAUAUUUUACUGGAACUGUUGAGUUAACCAACAUGCAAAUAAUUACAUUUCAUUUUUUUUAUUAUUCAGCUAAAAUAAUAUGAUUUUUGUAACUAUUUCUUUCAUCAAAUUCAAAAAUUAACUUAAGUCAAUAUUUGUAUUAAGUGUUUCUCAUGAUAGAUUUAUCUAUUGGCUGUAUAUAUUUGUGGUAAAUUCAACUAAAUUACUAAACUAUUUUACUAAAUUACUAGAUAAUAUAUAAUGUAAGUGUAAAUUGUAUUAACUUUUUCAUUAUAUUAUAUUUACUUUUCUUUUCCUUUUUACUGAUAUACUACCCUAGUACAUAAACAAAUGAACUCAAUUUUAACACAUUAAAAAAAUAUGUAAAUAAUAUAGGAUAUAUUGUAUAGUUAAUAUAUUGUGGUAGAUAACUUAGGUGUUGAAAAAAAAAUUGUGAAAUUAUACGAUCAAUAAAUUCUAAUGAAUGUUUUUUUGUUAUAGAAUUAUGAAAUUGUAUUUGAUUUAAUCUUUAAAGUAAAUUAUAUUUACCUCGCGUGCCUUAAAAUGAUGAAUAUAGAGUACUUAUAGAGUAUUUAUAUUUAUGUUAGUAAAUCAAAAUAUUCAUUCAAUUAUAUACUUCUGAGUUUAAACAAUUAAACAAUUAGACAACUAAACAAGUUUAGUAAGUGAAAAUUAAAAUAUUUUCUAGUUUAUAGUAACAAAAUAAUCGAUUUUGUCAUUUAGAUAAAUAAGAAUUCAAGUUAUUUCAUAUAUUUUUGUAAAUCAGUAUUUUUAACAAAAAUAUACUAGUUAUUGCAGAAUAAUUAUUAUUUUUUGUCUAUAAUUCAUCUAAAGAAUAUAUUCUUAAUUACAAAAUUAUAAUUAUCCAAAUUUAUAUAGUUCCUGACAUAACAUUUUAUAUGCAGUAGUUUUAAUAAUAGACCAAGGACAUUAACAAAUCAAGUUUCUGUUAAGCAAUUUAGAUUUAGAAUUUUUUUUUUUUUUUAUUAUAGUUAGUUUAUUAAGUUUUAAUUAGCCAUUUUAGAAAAAUGUCUAUUCAUGUAUACGAAUAAAAUUCAAUAUAUUGGUUUGAUACAUAUUGUAUCUACUGUUUAAAUAACUACCAUAACGAAUACCUUAAUUUAAAAAUAUAUUAUUAGUUAUAUUAAAUUAAUUAAUGUUAGAAGAAAUUUCAGUAUUUUAAUAUUGUUACCAAAACCAAUUAUUAAUUAUACGAAACUAUGUAAGAUAUGGCCGAACACAUAUAAAUUUUAAUUUUAAUUAAAUAUUAGUUGUCUAAGAAUUACGAAACCAAAUGUAUUGGUGAGUAAUUAAUUUUAUUCAAUUAAAGUAAAAUUGUAUUUAAACUUCUUACUCUAAGUACAAAUACAAUUUAUUUAGUAUUGGUCUAAAAUUAUUCCUUUAUCAGAACAUUUGUGUUCCGUCCAGUCUACAACUUAUUUUAUAACUGUAUUUUUUUUAUAUAUAUUUUUGUAACAUAAAUUUUUGUAUUUUUUAAAUUAGUUUUAUGUAUACCUAUAUAUUAUAAUUUAGUUAAAUUUAUUGUUCAAACUUUCAAAGUGAAAUUAAAACUAAAACAUUGUACCUACUUACAAUUAAAGUAUUAAAUGUAUUUGUAUUUAUUAACAAAGAAAUUUACAAGAUUGAAUUAAUAUUAAAAUGUUUAUUGAACUAUAUAUUCAAUAUGUAUUUAAAUGACUGAUAUUAACAUUUAAAGUGUUUUCUAUAAUAUUGUAUAUCUGUAUUUUUAUAUAAAAUAGGGGUACC